CAGCGUGUCUCAUAUUAAAUUUAUGUCGCGUCUUGUGAAAAUAGUUUCAAUUAUUUGCUGUGAUCACUUUAUAAAAAAAAUUUAUUAGUUAAGAAGUGAUAAUAAUGAUAUUCACAUAACCAAUGAGAAUAGUGAAGCAUAAAACCACUAAAUAAAACAACAAUUGCUAUUCCCAUAGCAUAUUGAGUGCAGUGAAUAUUUAUAUUUUUUGAUAAAGUGCCGACAAAAGAAAAGAAUUUCAUUAGCUUGGAGAGUUAAUGAUGCAUACUACAAUAAACAUACAUACUAUAUUAUUUUUCAGUUCAUGAAUAUAUAUAUAUUUCUUAAGCGAAUAGAUUAAGUAGAAAAAGUGCCAAAACGAAAGAUCUGCACAUUGUUUUAACUACAAUAUGGCACCGGCGCCCCAGCCCUUGGAGGGAAAAUUUCAAGGUCCGAUGGCUGGUUAUCUACCCUCUGGCCAGGAGGGCGGUCCUCGUAUGAACACAAUUUCACUUGCAGUACUAAUUGAUUUUAUUAUUCAAAGAACCUAUCAUGAUCUCACAGUAUUGGCUGAAUUGCUUCCGCGUAAAACGGACAUGGAGCGAAAAAUUGAGAUUUACAAUUUCUCCGCUCGAACGCGGCAGCUAUUUAUACGUCUCAUUUCGUUAGUCAAAUGGGCAAAUUCUGUUUCUAAAGUGGAUAAAUCUGCGAACAUAAUGAGCUUCCUUGACAAACAAAAUAUGCUGUUUAUUGAAACGGCAGAUAUGUUGGCCCGUAUGUCCCGUGAAACGUUAAUACGUGCCCGCCUGCCCAAUUUUCAUAUCCCUGCAGCUGUUGAGGUACUUACUACAGGUACAUAUAAUCGUCUUCCUACUUGUAUACGCGAACGCAUUGUGCCUCCAGAUCCUAUAACGCCAGCUGAAAAGAAACAAACGCUGUUAAGACUAAAUCAAGUCAUACAACAUCGAUUAGUUACCGGCAAGUUGUUACCACAAAUGAGAGAAUUUAAGAUCAAAAAUGGACGUGUGACUUUUGAAGUAAAGCAUGAAUUUAAUGUUUCACUAACGGUCAUGGGUGAUGGCAACAAUGUACCAUGGCGGCUCUUGGAUAUCGACAUACUUGUUGAGGACAAAGAAACUGGAGAUGGCAAAGCUUUAGUGCAUCAGUUACAAGUAAAUUAUAUUCAUCAACUUAUUCAAGCACGUUUGGUAGAAAAUCCAAAUGCACUUAGCGAGGUUUACAAUUGUCUGCACUAUUUUUGUCAAUCGUUACAACUUGAGGUUCUUUAUACACAAACACUGCGGCUGAGUUAUGAACGUUUAGAUGACAACAUUAAUGUAGAGGAAUAUGUACCUGGCGUAAAAAUAACGGUAUCUUAUUGGAGAGAACUUACCAGUAAGGAUUCGAAAUCAGAGCUGGGUUAUCGAUUAACCGUACAAUCGGAUCCUAACGAAAUCGGCAGGCCACUUGCGGUUGUACAUGUACCCUCACUGGGCGCUAAGGAGUCGGCAGAGGUUGCUGAUCGCGCCGUACGUUCCGAUCAUCUUUCCAUGGAGCGUUUGAUUGUGUAUACGGUGUAUAUACGUUCUGUUUCGCGACUCAAUGAUCUGAAAUUGGAGUUUCAAUCAUUUUUAAAAGAGGUUGACUUCAAUUUACAAGGAACGCCAGCUAUAUUGACCGUGCCAGUGCUGACACCAUGCUUACGUGCCGAACAAGUACACAUAACUAUUGAUACACACACCGGCAUGCUGAGAUGUCACGUGCCAAAGCACUUAGAUUGUCCCAUCAUGCCCGAAAUGCAAACCUGUUUGAAUGGCGAUCGAAGUAAACUACAGCAAAUCAUGUCUGAGUUGAGAUUUUGGAUUACACAUCGUCGGUGUGAAAAAACUUUGCAACAUUUGCCGGCAGCUACCACGGAAACAUUACCUUUUCUCUCACUGCCGGAGAAUGCACUUAUGCAAUCUGGACGACAUAAAAUUUAUGUUAAACUGCAUCGACAUCCGAAUGUUAUUAUUGUCGUUCAACUUAAGGAAAAAUCCAAUAUACCUAACGAAAUGGAAUACACUUUCCACUUGGGCUUCGUCGCAUAUCAGACCACCGAGACGGAUAUUACAGCUGAGGAAGCGCAAAAUACACGUUGGGUCUCCAGUUCUAAUCCGCCACCACAUCCACCCACUGUCAGCGCAGAGGUGCCUAAGAUAUACACAAAAUUAUUGCGUCUAAUAGAGUUCGACACCUUCGUGGCCACACACGGACCUGGUACAGAUGUCGAUGAAUUGCCACCACAUAAGCGCAAAGCAAACAGCGAAAUUGGACCGCCUGCCAAGCAACAAAAGACAAUUUAUCCAGCUUACUUUAUACCCGAACUGGCGCAUGUCAUAGCCAUGUGUGAUGAAAAAAUACCGUUCUUGAAUUUAGCGCAGGAGUUGUCGAGACGCGAAAUACCACACAGCGGACUGCAAGUGGAGGCAAAUGCAACUUCACUGGUGUUGAAGAUUCUCGCAUUACCCAUGCCGGGUCAACAGCCACUAGAUCAAAAGAAUCCCACUAGCACAUCAUUGCCGGUUAUCGAGAAACCUAUAAUGAAUGAUCUAUUGAAGCGUUUGCUCUCCAUAUCCAUACGUUCGCAAAUGAACAAAUCCAACCAAAUGCGCAAUUGGGGUGUAGAGUUUGUAUUCUACAGCACACCGUUACAGAGCACACAUCAAAAAGAGCAAGGCAAUCGCCGCACUGUUUAUUUGACGUACGAGCAGGCGAAUCAUGAUUUCGUUAAAACCGUCGACGAUUUAUUGCGCGAUUGGUCGAAGAUUGUUUACCUUUACACGUUGAUUUUUAAUUUCGCCGAGCAUGUGAAAAACAAACGUCUGAACCUUGCUGACAUGGUUAGUGUGAAGUCGUAUAACUAUAUGAAUGUUUUGCUCGGUUAUGGACCUAAGAAGGAAGUCACUUGCAAUAUUUCUUGGUGCGCACAAACGAAUGGUUUCCGUUUAAUAUACGUUGGCGGCAUAUCUGCGGUGAACGCACAUUCUAUGAUGCGCGACCAGCUGGCAUCGCAUUUGAAUCGUCAGCAUAAUCUUACGCAAAUCGUGCAAAUACUGCAUGAAACGUAUACACCGCUCAGUUCGAUAUCCAAGCUGCCCAUCAUACCGCUGUUAGGCAUACCACGGCCACAAGUGCCUAUAUUGUCGUUUUGUAUUCUGCCGCAAUCGCCGUGCCUCAUACGUUUGACAUAUCAAGCUAUUUACUGCCUGGAGAUACGCAUGCGCAGCGGUCGUUUAGUAUCGAUUAGAGAUGGCGCAUACUCACGCUUCGAUCGCAAUUUAAUAGAUGAGUUCACACCAAUACAAGGCUUGAAAGGCUUCCUCUUGAAACAUGUCGAUGAAAAUGCCGUCUACCGCGGUCGUUCACAAAGCGAAGAUGACAAUCCGCCAUCACCUUUGGGUAUGGAGGACAACUAUUGUGGUCCGGGUAGUGUGUCUGGCGCUGGCGCCGGCGGCUCAUCGCCGUUUACAAGUGGUGGCAUGCGUGGUCCACAGUCACCGCGAGACAGCGGUUUACGUUUUCCCGCGCCACAUACACCACCAUCCGGCUCAAAUCCACAUACACCAGCCAGUCCACAUCCAUCUGCGAACGCCGGCGGUGGUAACAAUCCAAAUCAUCCUAAUUUCAAUUUAACCUCGCCACCUGCACACCACAUGCCACAUCCUUCACCCGGCGGCCUGAUGCCAUCAUCACCACUCAAUCCGCAGCCAAGUCCACACAUGGCACAUAGUCCCGGACCGAAUACGUUGUAUAUGCAAGGGCAUCAGGAUUCACCGUUCACUGCCAUGUCGCCAGCCAACACCAAUUGGCCGGGUUCACCCAGCAUGCCACGUCCAUCACCACGUCCGGGCCAGAGUCCGGAGCAUAAACCAAGCGGCGGCUCUGCUGGUAACACGGGCACCUCAUCGGCAAUGUCACGCGUGCCCUCGAAUCGUUCAUGGGCCGGCGCCGUGCCCACGGUACUCACGCAUGAAGCUUUGGAAACGCUUUGUCGCCCAAGUGCACAUCCCAACAAAGAUAUCACUGGCCCAGAAAUUAGUCCAAUGGAGCGCUUUUUGGGUUGUGUAUUCAUGCGUCGCAUGCUACAGCGCCACAUACAAGGAGACGAAUCGAUAACGCCACUCAAUUCCAACGAGCCAGGCAUGGUGCUCUUCAAGGUGGACGGUCUGCAGUUUCAAGUGAUGCUUAAUCAAAUGCACAUGGAAUCGUUGCAUUUGAAGGCGCAGCAUUUGCCCACACCACCCACGCCGGAUGGCAAACAACCAUUCCAGCUGAGCGCCGACGAUUUGCUGGUGUUGGAGCAGUUCUUUGAUUUGCGUGUGGUGGCGCCACCAUAUCGGCCGAACGCCAUGACUGCCUACUGUCGUGUGCUGAGCUGUCCGGGUCAAGUGCUCAAGGAUUUCGUGCAAAUUAUGCGACUCGAUCUGAAACCGGAGGUGAUGGGCGAUCAACUGAAGUGGGCGCUGCAAUUCUGCAUGCGUGUGCCACCGUCGGCGGCCAUAAUACCGAUCGGUACGCCGGGCAUCUAUAUUUGCAAAUUAAAGAUUCUCUUCUUCUUGCAAAUCACACGCAUCCCAUACAAGGGUAAAGAGUGGAAAGAUAGCCCAACGUUGUUGUUGCCAAUGGUUUACGAUUUAACUUCGAAUAUUACACAGUUGGUUGAGCGGCGUGAACAGGUGCAAUCGCCAGCCAUGAAUGCUGCCAGCGCAUUGUUGCGCCGCUUCACAGAAUUCAGCGUGCAGCAUGGUCAGUGCUCGCUAUUCCCAGCGGUUUUAGAUUUGCUAACCAAUCUGCAGCUGCCAAACGAUGUGCCGCCACCCAAUCAAAAUAUCGGACCACCGGUGGGUCAAGUGGUGGGUUCCAGUCCAAAUCCGAUGAUGCAUUCGCCCAUGCAGCAAAUGGGUCAGAUGGGACCAUCGCCAGUUGGGCCCGGUUACCCGCAAAUGGCGCAGAAUCAAGGUCCGCAGUGAUGAAGGCGCAAACGCCGCACGGUAAACAAGAAUAACGACUGUGCUGGCAGUGCUGGCGGCAACUAACUUGGCAAAGUACAGUGUGUUUUGCUCACACACAAACAAAUGGGACACAAAUUAACCGGCCUUUAACUCGGAACAUUUGUUUUUGUUUUAUAUUUUGGAACAUAUUUGGAGAGAUGAUUGUGUUCGAAAUCGUCGGGCAAUGACAAUUUGUCCAAGCACAUAUUGCAAAGAUUACGAUCCUUAUACACACACACAUAUACAUAUACACAUAUAUAUAAAAAUGUUUGAAAAUUAGUUAUAUUAAUGAUUUGACAAAACAAAUAAUAUUUAUUAAGAUUGCUGAAUAUAUUAUAAUUACCGCUAAUAAUUGCAGUUCUUUUUCUCCAUACACACAAAUAAAGUGCAAAAUAAAAAUGAUAUUGUAAUAUUAAAAAAG